AUGUUAGAUAGAAGACAAUUAGCUGAUUUACUCACAGAAGAAUAUGGCCUGGAACUUAGAGGUGCCGGCCGACCAAUUUAUAGAACUCUUUAUCUAGAAGUGGUAGACCAAGUUGAGUUCCCUAGAGGAUAUAAAGUCCCUGACUUUGUAACCUUUAGUGGAGAGGGGAAUCAAUCGACCGUGGAACACAUUGGCCGAUUCACGGUUCAAUGUGGAGAGGCCAGUGUUAACCCGUGGUUGAAAUUGAGACUUUUUCCUAACUCUUUAACAAGGGCAGCUUUUUCAUGGUAUAUUCGUCUACCUCCUAACUUUGUUUUUAAUUGGCCACAGAUGGAGGAAUUAUUCCACAAUCAGUUCUAUCGUAUGGAGACAGAACCUACUCUGGCCGAUUUAUCCAGGCUAAGUCAAUUGCCUAGUGAAUCGGUCGAGACAUUCAUUACAAGAUUCAGGAGAUCAAGAUUAAGAUGUCGUGUACCUCUUCCAGAACAGGAGUACAUUCGUUUGGCUUUGAAUGGCCUUGAUUUUGAACUUCGGAAGAGGUUUGAAGGAGUUCCAUUUCGUGACAUGUAUGACCUGGCUGAGAAAGCUACCAGGUAUGAGUUGGUUCUCAAAGAGGAGAAAGAACGAAAAAAUUCCUCUAAAGGUACGUACUAUAGGGACCCCAACUAUGAAGUUUAUUCAACUGAUGUGGUUGAAGAGGAAGAUUUUGAAGCUAAUUUAGCCGAAGUCAUUCUAAAGAAGCCUUAUGUAUGUGACACUUUAACAAAACCAAAUGUAUCCACCAGUGGUACUCAGCCAUCGACUUCAUCGGCCAGGAAGGGUACGGCUGAUACUGGUAAGGUUUAUACGUUUGAUCUGGCCAAAACAGAACAAAUUUUUGAUCAUUUGUUGGCCGACAAACAAAUCGUUUUGCCAAAAGGACAUAAUAUACCAUCGACCAAUGAUUUAAAAGGAAGAGAGUUCUGCAAAUUUCAUAAUUCAUGGAAUCAUACUACUAACAAUUGUUAUGUAUUUAGAAAUGUAUUGCAGAAAUCUAUCAAUGAAGGUGUAUUAAAAUUCCCUGAAAAGAAGCCAGAUGUAAUGGGGGUCGAUGGCGAUCCAUUUCCUAAUAUUUUUAGUACCAAUGUAAUCAGCCUGGCAACUGAAAAAGCCGCUGAUAAUGGUAGACAGGAAAGAUUACCAAAAGUUCUUGGUAGUUCAUCGGCCAGUAAUGAUGAGCAGAAAGUUAAUGUGACACCCCCCCACAUUUUUCACGCAUAA